AUGCUUUACUCACAUACAAUAGACCCAGAAAAGACAAAACGGCUGGAGAUUACGCUGAACGACUGGCUCAACAGCCAUCCGGAUGGCGAAUAUAUUCAAGGAAUGCUGGCAUUGGGCGGCGUGCUCGUGAUGGUAGUCGACGAUCGUGAGCUUCGUCACGACAUUUUUAAUAUCCACAUUAAAACGAACAAAGCAUUUCAAUCCUUAACAAAACGUUUCAUCACUUCGCACUAUUACGUUUGUGUGAACGAAGAUCACAAAGUCGCUUUUGCUGUCUCUCGUCUUUUCUAUCACCAAGUCCUUUUGCGUUAUUACUCCCCACUUCUCUGUCUACGCCUUCAAGAAAUCGGAAUCGAGCCGGAGGUCUAUGUGUGGGACUGGUUCGUUCAAUGUUUCAUGGGGAUUUUCACACUGGAUCAAUGUUAUGUGAUUCUGGAUCUUCUUUUUUCUCUUCAAUUGAACGACAAUAUUUUAGUUUGUUUAUCGAUUGCCAUCUUAGACGAACUCAAAUCGAUUAUUUUAAAAAGCAAUUUCGAAAAGGUCAUGAUGAUCUUUACCGAUCUAAAAAACAAUAUUCCACUUGUCGAUUUUCCCCGAAUCAUCCAAAAAACGAUUCUCAUUUACACCACAACCCCCAAAUCCAUCUUUCGAGAAUUCGAAGAAAUCGACUCCCAGAUUUAUGACGGAUUGAUCGAGGAAGAUUAUUGCUUUCAUUUCGAACAGUUGUAUCUCGAUAUUUCAUCGCGCGAACUGGUCCUCUUCAAAGCUCUCGACCUCAAAAAUCUGCUUGUUAUUGACUGCUUUAAUGUUCUCAAAAUGCGCACAGAGACUAUGUAUCGUCUCGACAAUGCUCUCAUUUUUAACUAUCCUCCAGACGUGAUUGUCAACAAGGAUUACAAACAACGUCAACGCGAGAUUUUCACGACGCUUUCGCUCUACAAGAGUCGAAUCACGGUGAUCAUCGUGAAGUAG